AUAUAUAUAUAUAUAUAUUUUUUUUUUAAAUGAAAACAAAAACAGAAAAAGGAAGAGUUAGAAUUUGCUUUCUCUUUCUCGAUCCCUCUCUCUCAAAAUCGCUGUUCCUCUCUCACCCACCGCCACCGGCCGCCGCUCUCAAUCCCUCUCUCACUGCUCUCAAUCUCUCUCCCUCACCUCGCCGUAACGCCGUUCAAUCUUCCGCCGCAGCCGCACCACUGCUCAGCUCACCGCGCCGCACCACACCGCACCGCACUCACUCUUUCUCUUCGUCUCGUUUCAGAAACAACUUUGUCUUUUAAAUAUUAUUGUAUCUAGAAAUUUGGUUGAUAAAAUUCCCUCCAAAAUUUUGCCUAGGCUCUCUAAUAUUACUGGAAUCGCCACUGUUCGCACGGGUUGACAUAAAUCUAUAAUUAAUAAACUUAUAUAAAGAUAAGCAGGGUUAAAAUAGGCUAACCCAAAUAUUUUCCUGCGUGAGGUAGAUAGAGCUGUUAAAAUAGGCUAACCCAUUUGAAACUUAAAAUAUUAGUCAAAUUUUUUUAAAAUAAAAAAACUAAAUUAAGUACCAUAUAGUAGGGAUGACAAUGGGUAGGGUACUAUAGUACUCAUCCCCAUACCCGCAGUUUUAAAAAAUACUCGUACUCAUUCUCAUACCCGCGCGGAUAACAACUUUUGUACCCGUGUUCAUACCCUAUAGGUACCUAAAUCCCCAUACCCGUACCCGUUACCCGCGUUAGAUAACUUAAAGUGAUUAAAAAGACAUUGAAAACAUUGUAUUUUCCCAAGUGGGACACAAGUAGCCCGUUAUCAGUUUACUUAUGGAAAUUAAGACGACAAGACCAAACACUUAUAGGAAAAAUCAAAUUACUUUGCUACAUAUUUUGAACCCAAUUCAUGAAGACAAGACCAACAACAAGUUCAAUUUCUCACAAAAUGUCUUAUCAAUCCAACUAAAACUUUUUAAUCCAACUAAAACUUUUUCCUAUAUAGUUAACAAUAUACUCAUAUGCCUCUUUCUCAUCGGCAACAGAUCUGGAAACACUCUUCCUCUCCUUGCAUAUCUUUGCCCAAAAAAUCAACUUAUCACAAUGCAUAGUCCAUCUUAAAUUCAAAAUACUUUAUAAGAAGACUUACUUGCAAGACAUUAUUUGAAGAUCUAUUUUUUAAAAACUAAAUAGUCUUUUCCUUUUAUUUACUUUUUUCAUCAAUUUGACUUAUCAAUAAAGUAGAAGGGUAAUACUCUAACAAUAAAUGCAACAAUUCUUUUAUAAGCAUUUGGCAUAUAAACAUAUACAUAUAACUAUUAAUAGAAGUCCAAAAAUUCCUACUAUAGACUUGUGUUUAGUUUAAAGACUAUUCAUGUAAAUAAUUGAACCAAACUCAAUAAAUAGUGCUGCUACUACAUAAUCCAUUUAUAAAAUUUAACUGUCAUAAAGGGUUUAUAGCAUAAUUCACUUCUUUCUAAAAAAGAAAAAAGAAACAUUGUAACAUAAAAUCAAGGCUUCCAAACAUGAUGCAUGUUGCUCAGGGACUAAUAAUAAUGGAUAUAAUAACUACAGGACACCUCCUGCAGUCAAUACACAUCCUUACACGCUCAUGUGGCCGUUAAAUUAAUAAAAAUGGUUACUCCACCGCAACUGGUUCAACCCAUUUUCACACGUAGGAUAUAUGCUUCACUUCACCUGCUGGUUGUGUCAUAGCGGUUGAACACCCAAGGUGGAUUCUCCUAUAUGGAUUUUUCCAUACUUAAUGCUAGGAUUUGAACUUCUGACCACUUGCUAAAGGUAUCCAUGUCACUUACCACCCUAAACAAUACACUCUAAUCAUGUAUUGUGCUUACUAAACAACCUUUCAUGGUAUGAGCAUGAUGGUUCUAAGGAGCUUAUCACAAUUUUGGAUUUGGCUACUAAAAUAGUUACUCUGUCUCUUUCUCUGUUAUGUUGGAUUUUCUGUUAGCAAUAUGACUAAACUUGGCCCUCUUGAAGAGUCGCUUUUGAAUGGUGAAGCUAGUGUAAACAAGGAUUCUGAUGCCAAAAACACACUAAAAACCUGUUAUUCAAAUGCUGGAUUUUUCAGCAUUCUUACUUUCUCAUGGAUGGGUCCACUAAUAACUUUAGGAAGUAAAAAGACUUUAGACCAUGAAGACCUCCCACUGCUUUCUACCAAUGACAGUGCCUAUGGAACUUUUUCUACUUUUAAGAAAAAGCUUGAGUUGGAGUGUGGUAAUGUUAGGAAUUUGACCACUAUUAACCUCACCAAGGUGUUGUUCUUCUCAAAUUGGCAAGGGAUUCUUCUAUCUGGCUUUUUUGCAUUCUUGUUCGUAUGUGCUUCUUAUGUUGGACCCUACCUUAUAGACAAUUUUGUUCAAUACCUCAAUGAUGAAAACAAGGUAAAAAAUGAAGGCUAUAUUUUGGCUAUGACGUUUGUUGCGGCAAAUCUUAUCGACUCUCUUUGUCAGAAGCACUUUGUGUUUAAGAUCCAACAGGUUGGUGUUAGGGUGCAAUCAAUGUUGGUGUCAAUGAUCUAUGCUAAAGGUUUGACUCUUUCGUGUCAAUCGAAAGCGGAACACAGUGGUGGGGAAAUCAUCAACUUAUUGACGGUUGAUGCUGAAAGGAUAGGUGACUUUUGUUGGUACAUGCAUGAUAUAUGGGUGGCUGUACUGCAAGUUUCUUUGGCUUUGUUUAUUCUUCAUAGAAGUGUAGGGGUUGCUUCAGUAGCUGCUUUUGCCGCCACCGUAGUUGUGAUGUUGCUAAACCUUCCUGUGGCAUCAUUGCAAGAGAGGUUCCAAGGUAAGUUAAUGGAAUUCAAAGAUAAAAGAAUGAAGGCGACAUCUGAGAUUCUAAUGAACAUGAGGAUUCUUAAACUUCAAACAUGGGAGAUGAAAUUCUUAUCAAAGAUUAUUCAGAUUAGGAAGUUAGAGGAGAUUUGGCUAAAGAAAUUUCUUGUUGGUUCAGCAAUUGUUAAAUUUAUCUUCUCUAACGCCCCAACGUUUGUUGCUGUGGUUACUUUUGGUACUUGUGUUCUUAUAGGCAUUCCACUUGAAUCAGGAAAGAUCUUAUCUGCACUUGCAACAUUCAGAAUUCUUCAAAAUCCUAUUUUUUGUCUUCCCGACACAAUUUCAGUGAUUGUAGAAACCAAGGUUUCUCUAGAUAGGAUUGUCGCGUUUCUUCGUCUAGAUGAUUUGCAGACCGAUGUAGUGGAGAAGCUUCCACGCAGUAGUUCUGAUGUAGCAAUUGAGAUAGAAGACGGAAAUUUCACCUGGGAUUUAUCUUCUGUCAAUACAACGUUGAAAAACAUAAAUAUUAGAGUUUUUCAUGGAAUGAGGGUUGCCGUUUGUGGUACUGUUGGAUCAGGAAAGUCUAGUUUACUUACUUGUAUAAUAGGGGAAAUGCCAAAGCUAUCUGGAACCUUGAAGGUGUGUGGAACAAAGGCUUAUGUUGCUCAAUCGCCAUGGAUACAGAGUGGAAUGAUAGAAGAAAAUAUACUCUUUGGCAGAGAGAUGGAUAGGGAAAAGUAUGAGAGGGUGCUAGAAGCAUGUUCAUUGAAGAAAGACUUAGAGGUUUUACCAUUUGGUGAUCAGACCAUUAUUGGAGAGAAGGGAAUCAAUUUGAGUGGUGGACAGAAGCAAAGAGUACAAAUAGCUCGUGCUCUUUACCAAGAUGCUGAUAUAUAUCUGCUCGACGAUCCCUUUAGUGCUGUUGAUGCGCAUACAGGAUCCCAUCUCUUUAAGGAGUGUUUGCUUGACCUUUUGAAAACAAAAACUGUGAUAUACAUAACACAUCAAGUAGAGUUCUUGCCUGAUGCUGAUCUGAUACUGGUCAUGAAAGAUGGAAGGAUAACUCAAUCAGGAAAAUACAAUGACAUACUUACGUCGGGAACAGAUUUUAUGGAACUUGUAGGUGCACAUAGAGCAGCAUUGUCUUCAGUGAAGUCCUUAGAGAGAAGGAAUACAUUUAAAGAAUUGAGUAUUACCGGGGAAGGCACAGGUUUAUUAAGUGAUUUUGAACUUGAGCAAGAAGUGGAAAACAUAGAUGAACGAAACGGCAAGUUAGAUGACACAGUUGAGCCGAAAGGCCAACUUUUUCAAGAUGAAGAACGGGAAAAGGGUAUAAUUGGACUUAAAGUGUUCUGGACAUACAUCACAAUAGCUUAUGGAGGAGCUCUAGUACCUUUUAUAUUUCUUUCACAGAUACUCACUAUGGUUUUACUGAUUGCAAGCAAUUAUUGGAUGGCAUUGGCAACUCCUGUUUCAGCAACUGCUGAACCUGUAAUUGGAAGCCUUACUCUUAUGGUUGUCUAUGUUUCUUUAGCAAUUGGAAGUUCCUUUGCCACCCUUGCAAGAACAGUUCUUGCAGUGAUAUCUGGAUACAAGACUGCCACCUUGCUCUUCAAUCAAAUGCAUUUCAGCUUUAUUCGAGCACCAAUGUCUUUUUUUGAUUCCACACCAAGUGGAAGAAUUCUUAAUAGAGCUUCAACAGACCAAAGUGCAAUAGAUAUGAGCAUUUCAAGUCUAGCAUGGGGAUUUACCUACCUUGUGGUUCAGCUCUUUGGAUAUGUUGCUGUGAUGUCUCAAGCUGCAUGGCAGGUGAUUAUAGUAUUGAUUCCUGUCAUGGCAGCUAGCAUAUGGUACCAGCGAUACUACUCUGCAUCAGCACGCGAAUUGGCACGAUUAACUGGUAUAUGCCAAGCUCCAGUUAUACAACAUUUUUCUGAAACAAUUUGUGGAUCAACAACCAUAAGAAGUUUUGAGCAAGAAUCAAGAUUUAAUGAAAUGAAUAUGCAAUUGAUAGACAAAUAUUCGCAACCUAAACUAUACAGUGGUAGUGCAAAGGAAUGGCUGAGUUUCAGAUUGGAUCUUUUAUCCAUUACAGUAUUUGCGUCCUGCUUGGUUUUCUUGGUAUCUUUUCCAAGUUCAAUAACUAAUGCUAGUAUUGCGGGAUUGGCUGUGACAUAUGGGAUUAACCUAAGUGAUACACAAUCCGAUUUAAUUCGGUUUUUUUGCCAAUUGGAGAACAAAAUUAUAUCUGUAGAAAGAAUACUUCAGUACACUUCCAUCCCAAGUGAAGCACCUCUUGUAAUAAAAGACAACCUACCAGAUCAUUCUUGGCCGUCAUUCGGAGAGGUUCACAUUCAGGAUUUACAGGUUCGAUAUGCUCCUCACUUGCCUCUUGUUUUACGCGGACUAACAUGCACUUUUACCGCUGGAGCAAAAACUGGCAUUGUUGGAAGAACUGGAAGUGGAAAAUCAACACUAGUGCAAACACUUUUCAGACUUAUUGAACCUGUUGCAGGACAAAUAUUGAUAGAUAAUAUCAACAUUUCAUUGAUUGGAAUCCAUGAUUUAAGGUCAAGAUUAAGCAUAAUUCCUCAGGAUCCAACAAUGUUUCAAGGGACAGUAAGAAGCAACCUUGACCCGCUCGAAGAGUACACAGAUGAACAGAUUUGGGAGGCUCUAGAUAUGUGCCAACUUGGAGAUGAAGUGAGGAAGAAAGAAGGAAAGCUCGACUCCACAGUUACUGAGAAUGGAGAAAAUUGGAGCAUGGGUCAAAGGCAAUUGGUAUGCCUCGGCCGUGUUCUACUUAAGAAAAGCAAGAUCUUGGUGCUUGAUGAAGCGACUGCAUCAGUUGAUACAGCUACAGAUAAUAUAAUUCAGCAGACAGUUAAUCAACAUUUCACUGAUUGCACAGUUAUUACCAUUGCUCAUAGAAUAACUUCAAUCCUCGAUAGUGACAUGGUUCUGUUUCUCAGCGAAGGGCUUAUUGAAGAAUAUGAUUCACCAAAGAAGCUGCUAAAGGACAAAUCUUCAUCCCUUGCUCAACUAGUUGCAGAAUACACAAGGAGGUCAAACACUGGUUUUGGAAGUUGAGACCUCAAACUUAAUAGAAAUUAAAGUAGAAAAGAAGUUAUAACUUGUAAUAAGGGUAUAAAAUUUAAGAAUAUUGUAGUUUAUAUUUGUAACAUGGAAGUAUUACUGAAGCUUAUAUGUAAUAUAAUAUGUAAAAUCAAACAUUUGAAUUUUUCUCAAUUUGUAAAGUUAGUUUGAAUUUAAAA